AUUUGGUGGGGGAGAGACACGAGGCCCCAUCAAGACUCUUGGGUAGAUGCAAACAUGUCACCAUAAAUCAUUUUCUUCUCCCCAAAUUCAUUAGACUCUGCAUGAAGCGGUCCACUCCACGUGCCCCCACUCUCUCUCUCUCUCUGUCUCCAUUCUUCUUUCCUUCUUUGCUUCUCUUCUCCACCGCCGUUUCCCACUUUCCCGGCAAAAAUCUAACUGCACACCUUCUGCAUGCCACCGCACACUCUGCUUGUUAGUUUCUAACCGAAUGCUUUUUGUCUUCUCAUUUAAAUAAUAACAAAAAAAGCAACACGGAGUAAUAGAGUUAAGACUACGAUUACAGUGAAAAGUCCUCCAAAACCCCUCAAUUUGUUCGGAUUUCACAUCCAGCUCUAAGCGCGAAUUCAUUGCCUCUCUAAUUCACAGGUUUUGUCUUCGAUUUGCGUGUUUUAUUGAUUGGCGGUUUUCUUUGUGAUUUCGAGUUUUCGGUAGUUAUGGCGUUUGAGCAAACCUCUGUUCCUGGCGGCGAUGUUGUGCGGCCACUGAAUUCAGUAGCUCGGAGUGUGGCGGAAGAGUCUCUCGUUUUGCCGGUAUCUACGGCGGUUCCUGGCGCGCUGCCGAUUUUCUAUCCUGCGUCUGUCUCUGAUGCUGGCUUGGUUGGAAUGGGGUAUGGGAAUGUGACUUCGGGAGGUGGCGGUGGUGCUGCCACGUGGUGUGUGCGCCCCGCUGUGCCAGUUCAUAAUCACAAUCCCUCUGUGAAUCCUGCUGUUGGAUUUGUUCAUGCUCCUAGUUUUCCCAAUAGAGUUGGUGCUGUAGGUGGCAAUGCUGUUGAUGUUUCAAGUAGUUUUGUGGCUGCUACUCAUGGGUUUCCUAUGAAUUUGGGGGGUAACUGGGUUGCAUCGGGUAAUGGCCUAGAUAGUAUUAAUAGUAGUGAUGUUAAUAAUAAUAAUAAUAAUAAUAAUAAUAAUAAUAAUAAUAAUUACAACAACAAUGCUGUUCCGGGGAACAGCAGAGUCAUUAGCAAUUCUGGUGAUCAUGUGUGUAGUAUUGGGGUUGGGUCCAUUUCCAAUACACCUUCAAGCCAGCGGACAGAUCAGGCGAUUGAGGAGGGUGGGGAUGAUUCAAUUUCAGGGCGGAAAAUGAAGUUGAUGUGCAGUUAUGGUGGGAAGAUUUUGCCUAGGCCUAGUGAUGGGAUGUUGAGAUAUGUUGGAGGGCAGACAAGGAUCAUAAGUGUUAAGAGAGAUGUGAGUUUUAAUGAUUUGGUGCAGAAGAUGGUUAGUACAUUUGGGCAGCAUGUGGUUAUCAAAUAUCAGCUCCCUGAUGAGGAUCUGGAUGCAUUGGUUUCGGUUUCCUGCCCUGAUGAUCUGGAGAAUAUGAUGGAGGAGUAUGAGAGGUUGAUUGAGAGGUCUCCUGACGGUUCUCCCAAGUUAAGGGUCUUUCUUCUUUCUUCUUCAGAACUCGAUCCUUCUGGUGUAGCACAGUUUGUAAAUUUGCAUGAUGGUGGACUGAAAUAUGUUGAAGCUGUGAAUGGAAUUGCUGAUGGGAUUGGUGGCAAACUAACAAGGAAAGCGAGCUAUACAAGCGCAGUAUCUACUCAGAAUUCUGAUUUUAGCGGGAUAGAUGCUCUUGAUAGCUUGAAUGCUGCUCAAGGGGAUGUCAGAGGGGAUGUCAGUGGGGUACCUGUACCUAUGCCCAGUUCUUUAUCACCUGAGGGGAACGUGGCUGCUUCUCAUGAUGGUACCUUAAAUUCUGUGGUUCCUGAGCCUGGUACAUCUUACACAGAGGCCUCUGCGGUUCCACCGGGCAUUCCUGUAACAAAUUAUGGUCCAACUCACAUUCCACCUCUCCAGAAUGAGGUUGAGUUAGAAAAGUCUGUACCUGUUACUUUUUCUCAGACUCAAUUUGGGUUACAACAAUCUGGUUUGGAAAUUCCACCUUCUACACCUUUGCAAACUUCUUUUGAUCAUCGCCAGGAGGUUAUGAACCAUGUUGAUUAUGUCCAGCUUCCUCCCCAUAUGGGAUUCCUGAAUCCUCAAUUUCUAGGUAAGCCUGGAUCCAUCUACUCCCAACAUCAAUUUCAUGAUAAUACUUCUCGUUUUGGGUCCCAUCAGGUAAUCCCUGCAGUGCAAAUGACCAUGACUCAGCCAUUUUCUCAUGCUGCUUUAAGACCCAGUGUUAUUCAACCACAAGCAUUCAUGCAACCUCAGCAAAACCGUUUGGACCAAUAUAAUGAUGAAAAUGCUUCAGGGCUAAGGAUUCACCAGGUUCCUGCUGAACAAAGUUACAACACAUUUCAGGUUCAAGUCCCUUUUGGAGGUAAUUAUGGCUGGGUCCAGGUUCCUUCUGCAGACCAUGUGAUCUUUUCUGAUGCAUUUGUACCUCAACAACCAAUGAUGAUCCCUGAGAAACUCCAACGAGUGGAGGACUGUUAUAUGUGUCAGAAAAAGCUGCCUCAUGCACAUUCAGAUCCUGUGGUUCAGGAUCAGCGAAAUAGCUGUGCUGGUCCAAUUUCUGAUUCAAUCCAAAGUUUCUAUAGUCUCCCUACGGAGGACAAUUCUAGGGCUCAAGCAACAAAUAUGGUUUUGGUGUCUGCACCAAUGAAGGAUGACAAUGUUGAACAAGUAGUUGUGACAAGACCCAAGGUCUUUAGCAAAUUGGAUACUCCAGCUGGAGCAGCUUGUACAGACACAGCUGGUCUUUCUCUGGAGCUUGAAAGUGAGACGGCUUUUAUACAAAAGCUGGACAGGUCUGAUCAUCCCAGGAAUGCAGUUAUCCAGGAAGCUGUUGUAAGAACAGGAGAAAAACAGUUGCCAAGUGAUGGGCUGGUAGCACCGCAUUCUUAUCGUGAUGAUAUCACCCGCCAGCAUAUGGUGCCACUUGAUAGCAGGUCUAAAGAGGAUGCUCUUGUGAAUAAACCUGUUACUAAUGAUAUACCUUUAGUUGGUGGCACAUCUGUUGAAAAUUCUGACUGUAUGGUUCAAGAGUGUCCAACAGAAUAUACAAAUGAACUUUGUAGCACUACUUCAAAAGCAGAUGCCAUGGAGAAUUGGAUAGCACAAGAUCUUCUCAAACCUAUUGAUGGAAGAAUAGACAACCUGAAAAUAGGUAAUCCUGAAAAUUUUCUAAAUAAUGAUAAAUUUGAUUACAGCACUCAACAUGUUGCAGAGAAGAAAGGGGUCCCUCUAGAUAACAAUAUUGGGAAGUCAAAGUUGAUCACUGAUGCUGAUCAAAUUAAUAUGGUAGAUUUGCUUCCUAGUUCUACUGUGGAAAUUUCAUAUGGGAAUAAUUCCAGGCCAGUGGAAUAUAAUGAGGUUAUACAAACCCCUGUUUGGGGCAUACCUGGAUCAAAUCCUCAGCCAAAGAGUGGAAACCAUCACGGGGAGGAUGCAGUUUUAUCUUCAGUUCCUCCAUCUGCUAGAUUUGGAGAGGUGAAGGAUUCUUCAAACUCACUUUUUAGCAAUCAAGAUCUAUGGAAUAUACACAGUUCAUACUUUCCACCUCCGAGACCUAACAAAGUUACAUUGAAGAAAGAAACCUAUUCAAAUAAGGAUCAAGUUGGUGAGAAUCUUGGCAUCAAUGGGGAACAAAAUCUGGAAGCUCAAAUAGAGAAUGGCCUCUAUCAAACACUCCAACAGAAUUUAACUUUCGAAGAAGCUCGAUCUGUCGCCAAGGUCUCAUCAGAAGACCGACAACUUCAAGCCGUUGCUGAAGGUUUAGCUGCUUCCGUUCUGCACUCAAGCACUUCUUCAAAUCUUGAUUUGAAUGUCAAAGAUGUGUCCCAUCACGAGGACAUUGGCGAUGGAGAUGUUCAAAAUAAUCUAAUAGAUAUACAGCAUAAAGAUAAAAUUCAGGGAAGGAUGUGGAUUCAUAGGUGGGUUUGGGGAGGUGGAUCGGUGAGGAGGGAAAAAUCCACCCUGUUCCAUUGCUGCCCUUAUUUGGAUGUGCUUUUUCUCACUUUUAUUAUUAUUGGAUCUCAAAAACAAGCUCCCAGAGAAAUUAAAUUUUGGCUUUCCAGCAUCAGAUGUUGGAGCUUUGCAGAGCUGAUAGAGUUGGGUUCUGGGACCUUUGGGACUGUAUAUCAUGGAAAAUGGAGGGGCAGUGAUGUGGCAAUAAAGCGGAUUAAUGAUAGGUGUUUUGCAGGAAAGCAUUCGGAGCAAGAGCGCCUGAGAGCAGACUUUUGGAAUGAGGCAAUCAAGCUUGCUGACUUGCAUCAUCCAAAUGUGGUAGCAUUCUAUGGUGUUGUGCUUGAUGGCCCCGGAGGUUCUGUGGCAACAGUGACGGAGUAUAUGGUAAAUGGUUCUCUAAGAAAUGCGUUGCAGAAGAAUGGGAGGAAUCUUGACAAGCGCAAGCGGCUGUUGAUUGCGAUGGAUGUGGCCUUUGGCAUGGAGUACUUGCAUGGAAAAAAUAUAGUACACUUUGACUUGAAAAGUGACAACUUGCUCGUGAAUCUCCGAGAUCCACAUCGUCCGAUAUGCAAGGUUGGUGAUUUGGGUCUGUCCAAAGUGAAAUGCCAGACUUUAAUAUCCGGCGGAGUUAGAGGAACUCUACCUUGGAUGGCCCCAGAACUGCUGAAUGGGAGCAGUAGUCUUGUAUCAGAGAAGGUUGAUGUGUUUUCGUUUGGUAUUGUUAUGUGGGAACUGCUCACGGGAGAAGAGCCGUAUGCUGAUUUGCACUAUGGGGCCAUUAUAGGUGGUAUAGUAAACAACACUUUAAGACCUCCAGUUCCAGAAUCUUGCGAUCCAGAAUGGAGACUGCUAAUGGAGAUGUGCUGGUCAUCCGAACCAUCAGAAAGACCUUCCUUCACUGAGAUUGCCAAUGGAUUACGUUCCAUGGCAACCAAGAUUUCUCCGAAAGGACAAAAUCAACAGCAGCAACCCGCCUCAUCUCUGAGUCAAGCACAGAAAUAAUUUCCAACAAGUGCAGUGUGCUUAAUUCCUGUUUUGGAUCUGAUUUGUGUUUUUCGUCGAUUCCGUGGAUCAAUCCUUUGUUGAAUAUAUACAAUAGAAACAGUUUGCAAUUGUCAGACGGUAAGGUAAGGUUAAUAGUUGUCGGUCCUUUUAGCACUGCUACAUAUUCUUGUAUUACACCCAAAACUCAGUGAAUAUCAUGGGUCGUACUGGUUAAAACAGAAAAAGAAAGAAAGAUAUUGAUAUAUUUUUUUAAAAAAAAAAAUUAUAGUGGUUGUAAAGAUGGACAUUGUAAAGAGUAGAAAAGCACUUAACAGUAAUGUUGUUACGGUUACUGUUUUGAUUUUGAUAGAAAGGAAGAAUUUGAAGUGAUUACUGAUCCUUAA